AUGCCUGACACCGAGAAAGACAAGAUGCUCCGGGGCGAGCUUUAUCAUGCUUUUACCCCGGAGCUAACCGCCGAAAGAGCUCGCUGCCGACAUGCCUGUACCCGGUUCAACAAUGCCGGCGAGGUCUCGCGACGACGCUCAAUCGAGCUUUGGAAAGAUAUAUUCCAGGACACGACCCCUCUUCCGCCUCGUCAGGAGGACCCCGCCGAGGAUGACGCAGUUUUGGAGAAUGAGCCGUGGAUUGAGCCUCCAUUUAGAGUAGACUACGGUUAUAAUGUGAAGGUCGGCCAAGGUGUCUUCAUCAACUUUGACUGUGUCAUCAUCGACACCUGCCUGGUGACCAUUGGCGUUCGAACGCUGCUUGGACCUAAGGUUUCCUUGUAUAGUGGGAGACAUCCUCUGGAUCCGGAGCUACGGAAUGGCACGAAGGGCCCUGAGACAGGCCAGGAGAUCCAUAUUGGCGAGGACUGUUGGCUGGCAGGGAAUGUGACUGUUCUCCAAGGGGUGACGAUAGGGAAUGGUGCAGUGAUUGGAGCUGGAAGUGUUGUAACCAAGGAUGUUCCUGCCUACCAUCUCGCUAUCGGUAAUCCAGCUAGAGUUAUUCGCAAGAUUGAGCGUUCUGGAGGAAAGGAAUAA